AUGGACUCUCUCCGUUCUCUAGAACCCACCAUCCCUCCGACCUCACACGCUACCAACCAGUCUCACCGCCUCACCCGGGAACUCUUCUCUCGACUCGUCGAAGCGCUCAAGUUCAAGGACAAGAAGCAGUCGAGCGUUUCUGGGAACGAGGACGAAGGGGAGGAUCAGGCCGAGGUCUGGGAGUUUGGGGAGGAAGGGUUUCGACGGCAUGCGACGGUCUUUAAUGGGGUGAUUAGGAGUGGGGCUAGGUGCCUCGUCAGACCGAGAUGUGCUAGGCAGGUCAGCCGCCUGAUCAUCUUCUGCCGGAGCAACUCCCUCGACCUGUCCAUCAAAGCUGGAGGUUACGGGACCCACGGAUGGUCCGUAGCCGGUCAGAUCAUCCUAGACCUCUCUCUCAUGGACGACGUCAAAACCGCUCUCCCGCCGUUGUUGGAUCCUUCGUUCAGGAGUUUGAGAGAGAUGAAUUGGCCCAGAAAGUACGCCCAGGGUGGGGGCUCCAUCGAUGAGAGCGGGAGUGGACGUCGACGACCGCCUGUCGGAGCUGGGUCAUCUGCUUUCGGCUCAAGUUCAGGAUCCGGAUCCGGGUCAGGGUCCGGCUCGUCGAUGCCUCGAAGACCGUCCGCAAAGGAGGAUACGCUCGGCAUGGGCACCAUGACGGCCACGGGGGUGAACCCGGCGACCAUGUCGAUGAUGAUGGGCAACAACGACGACGCAGUGAGCGAAUGGAGACGGGAUAGCGCGGGGAGCAACGCCAGCGCUGGUGCGGGUAUGAUCCCGGUGGCAAGUGGGACGGCCAACAUGGUCGAUGGCAAGCUGGACGAGGCGAGCAAGAAGAGCUUGAUGGACGCCCUCGCUGGACCGACCCAGUACAACCCGGAUUCUAGCGCUGCCGUUCAGCCCGCCUUUCAACAACAGCAUCAACAGCAGAGUUCGGGCCAAUCUCAACAGCCGUACGAGUAUGCCGCUUCGCCGUUCAAAUUCCCGAUAGCUACCCUGCCCGGUCCGAGCUUGAGCUUUGGAGCUCAGAGUGCCGAGAUUCCGUUCGGGAUGGGGACGCCUAAUCAGCCGCCUUACACGCUCGUCACCUUUGACGCCGGGGCCAGGGCCAAGGAUAUCGACCGCGUCACGCACGUCUCUCCCUUUGGCGCCUACCACGUCCCGCUCGCUGCUUUCCCCGUCGGAUCCGCCGUCAUGAUGUCUGGAGGCUUCGGUUUCCUUAGUCGUCUGUACGGCCUCAGUAUGGACAACCUGACCGAGGUCGAGUUUGUCAUGGCGGACGGACGGAUCGUCUGGCUCGGCAGGGAGAAGGCCGAAGAGUUGUGGUGGGCUAUUCGAGGCGCCGGGACGACGCUCGGGGUAGCCACCCGGUACAGAGCCAAGGCGUAUCACGUUCCCGUCGUCUUUGCCGGCAACUUGAUCUUCCCGUUCAACCCGCUUACCUCGCCUAGCCUGAUUCAACACGUCCGCGACUGUAUCAAGGGUGCCCCGCGUGAACUCUACUGUAAUAUCAUUCUCACCGCCGGACCCAUCGCGCUGGCCGGGGUAGUCAUCAUCCAGAUGUGCUAUGUCGGCAGUCAGGCUCAAGGCGCCGAGUACCUGUCGGCCAUCGGCAGCUGGAACGAGGAGAGGUGCUUGUUCAAGGAUGUCAGGGAGAGGAGUUUCAUCGAGCAGCAAGAUUCGAUAGCCAACGUACUCAAGGGUGGAGCUGGGCGCAAAUGGUUCAUUAAGAGUGACCUCGUCGACGCACUUUCUGACGAGACCAUUUGGAAGACGUGUCAGCUGUUCCACACGGUUCCGGACGGAUGUACCUGGCUUUUCGAGCUCAGCGGGGCCGCUCUGAUGGACUGCAAGACUACCUGUCUUCCAAAGACUCACCGAGACGCAGCGUAUACCAUCGCCGCCCUCCAUCAAUGGCCCGUAGAUGUGCCCAAGGAAGACGUCAAAUGCGUCACUACGGCCAUCGACUGGAUCGACAAAAUUAUCCACCCUGCAUCGCCCGGUGGACCUUUGCCAUGCUUCCUGCAAUCAUCCCAUCCUGACGCUGUCAAGGGUACCUAUGGCGAAAAUUUCGAACGCCUCGUCGAGAUCAAGAACAAGUACGACCCGGACAACUUUUUCAAACAUAGCGUCUGGCCAACGGGGAAAUCGGAGCGAGAGACGGGUAACCCGCUCAUGGUCUUUGCGCAUGGGAGCGAGUGUUCCUCCCGGCAGCAACAGGUGUAUGCGGAAGAGGACACCAAGAUUGGGAUGGAGGGAGUUGAGGCUCUGGCCCAAAUCGCUAGACAGCGAUCGGGCUCGCCGUCGAUGGCCAUGAACAUGGUCGUUGACGGCGCGAAUGGGGUUCGGCCCCAGGCUGAGGAGCUUGGGAAGGCGGUUGAAGCAAACAACGCUAGUCACCCGAAAUAG